UGAUAAUCUGCCUAUUUUCGAGCCUGGACUCGACGAUGUCGUGAAGUCUUGCCGCGAUAAGAACCUGUUCUUCACGACUGACGUGGAAAAGAGCGUCGCUGAGGCCGACAUUAUCUUCGUAUCCGUGAAUACACCAACCAAGACCAGGGGGUUAGGAGCUGGUCGGGCAGCCGACCUGACCUAUUGGGAAAGCGCGGCGCGGAUGAUCGCUGACGUUUCUACCUCUGACAAGAUUGUGGUUGAGAAAUCCACUGUUCCCGUAAAGACCGCGGAAGCUAUUGAGAAAAUUCUUACACAUAACACGAAAGGCAUCAAGUUCCAGAUUUUAUCGAAUCCCGAAUUUCUAGCGGAAGGCACUGCCAUAGCAGACCUCGACAAGCCCGAUCGCGUUCUUAUCGGUGGUCGCACGUGUGAGGAAGGCAAGGCUGCAGCAGCUGCUCUUGCUGCAGUCUAUGCUCACUGGGUGCCUCAAGAAAACAUCAUUGUGACCAACCUCUGGUCCGCUGAGCUGACCAAGCUGGCAGCGAAUGCGUUUCUUGCUCAGCGCAUUUCAUCAAUCAACGCUAUCUCCGCCCUGUGCGAGUCCACUGGGGCUAACGUCUCAGAAGUGGCUUACGCCAUUGGAAAAGACACCCGCAUUGGCUCCAGAUUCUUGCAAGCCUCUGUUGGUUUUGGUGGCUCCUGCUUCCAGAAGGACAUUCUGAACCUUGUCUACAUUUGCGAGUGCAAUGGAUUGAUGGAGGCUGCUCAUUAUUGGAAAUCGGUGAUUGACAUCAACGAGUACCAGAAGUCAAGAUUCAUCAGCAGGAUCGUGUCCUCCAUGUUCAACACCGUUGUCAACAAGAAGAUUGCUAUUCUCGGGUUUGCCUUCAAGAAAGACACAGGAGACACCAGGGAGAGCCCUGCCAUAGAUGUUUGCCAUGGGCUUCUCAGGGAUCAGGCUGACGUCAGCAUCUAUGACCCACAAGUGACUGAGGAGCAGAUCAGGCGUGACCUGUCCAUGAACAAGUUUGACUGGGACCAUCCGUACCACCUGCAGCCAGUCAGCCCAAGAGUCCACCAGAAGGUUUCGGUGUCAUGGGAUGCAUAUGGAGCGUGCAAGGGUGCUCAUGGAAUCUGCAUUCUCACAGAGUGGGACGAGUUCAAGACGCUGGACUAUCAGAAAAUCUAUGAGCACAUGGAGAAGCCAGCCUUUGUGUUUGAUGGCCGCAACAUUGUGGAUGUGGCAAAGCUGAGGGAGAUUGGCUUCAUCGUGUUUGCUAUCGGACACGCGCUAGACCCCUGGGUGAAGGAUCUUCCUUCCAUGCACUAG